AUAGUCAUCACAUCCAGAACACUAGAAAUGUCAAUCUCUGUUAUCACCAUCUUUUUCAUUCUCCUAACCAUGGCUACCUCUUCCAGCUUUUGCCUUCAAGGGCUGGAGGCAAUUCAAAUGGCCCAGAAUCAAAUUGCUCAAGUGAGAAACUGGGCUACUCAGACGUUACAAGAUGAUGAUUCGAAUCAUGUUAGUGUGCCUUUCAACGAUUGUGUCAAGCUUUAUAGUGAAAGUGAGUUUCGACUCUCGCAACUGCUUGCGAGUGAAAAUUACACCCGUGAUGAUACCCGCACGUGGCUAAGCGGUGUGCUAGCUAAUCAUAAAACUUGUUUGAAUGGCUUGAACGAGAAAGGGUUUCUUCAAACUCAACCAAUAACUCGCAAUUUGACAUUUUGGCUUAAUGAGGCCCUAGCCUUUUACAGAAAGGGAAGGGGAAAAAGGAAUGUACCACUACCAGGAAGACCGAUUAAUAAUCAUGGCGGAGGAAUUCUAACAUCAUGGGAUCCAGCAACUUCAAAGGCAGAUUUCACAGUGGCCAGGGAUGGUUCCGGUACUCAUAGAACAAUAAACGACGCAGUAGCUGCACUUAAUAGAAUGGUUAAAGGAAGAUCCCAACGAAUAAUAAUACACGUGAAAGCAGGCGUUUAUAAUGAAAAAGUAGAAAUCGAAAAACACCACCAUGAUGUGAUGCUUGUUGGCGACGGCAUCGGUAAAACCAUUAUCACAGGCAGUCGAAAUGUCCGAGACGGUGAUUCAACCUUGAGCUCAGCUACCUUUGGGGUUUCAGGAGAUGGAUUUUGGGCUAGAGAUAUAACAUUCGAGAACAUAGCUGGUCCCAAUAAACACCAAGCAGUGGCAUUGAGGGUUAGCGCAGAUCGAUCAGUCUUUUACCGAUGUAGCAUCCAAGCUUAUCAAGACACUCUAUAUGUCCAUUCGUUAAGACAAUUCUAUCGCGAUUGUCAAAUAUACGGUACAGUAGAUUUCAUAUUUGGUGAUGCUUCAGUGAUUUUUCAAAAUUGUGACAUCUUUGUAAAAAGACCAAUGAACGGCCAAACCAACUAUAUAACCGCCCAAGGAAGAGAUAAUCCUAAUGAAAUCACAGGAAUUUCUAUACACAGAUCAAGAGUUAGGCCUUCACCAGAUUUUGUUGCUGUAAAAGGUUCAUUUAAGACUUUCUUGGGCAGGCCAUGGAAGAAAUAUUCGAGGACAGUGUUUAUGCAGACGGAUCUUGAUGGUUUAAUUGAUCCAGUGGGAUGGGGAAAAUGGGGUGGUAAUUUUGCUCUUUCAACUCUGUUUUAUGCAGAAUAUAUGAACACAGGCAAUGGUGCAUCGACUACAAGGAGGGUGAAAUGGCCUGGUUUUCAUGUGUUUAACAGCCCUGAACAAGCUCUUCCUUUUAGUGUGAACAGGUUCAUACAAGGAGAGUCAUGGAUUCCGGGUAGUGGCGUGCCAUGUUGGCUUGAAAUUUAAGGGUGUGUCGUGUGUAUGAUAUUACAAUGUGCAUGGGCAUAUGUGUAGCAAGUUUGCCCCAGAUGUGGAGCUAAUGUUAAAUUUUUAGUGGCGUCCAGUAAGAAAAUGGAGCGUUUCAGCAAAACUUACUCGUUUGCUAAUAGCAAAUUUAAAAGUGAGUCAUAUCGAAUGAGCAAUGUGAUAGAGUAAAAACUAAAUAAUAAUGGAGGAGUAUUUUUAUGUUGUGAGGUGACCACUCAGUCGAACUCACACUUUGUCGAAAAUAAAAGAUGGUAGGUGAUACCACGUGCAGUUUGAAAAAAAAAAAAAAAGAAAAGAAGUCUUUGGUAGGUGAUCCGUUGGUAGAUAGAUGCGUUCACACAUCCACCUCCCCUAAUCAGGCUUCCACCUCUCCUAUAAGUAGGAGAUGGUGCUAGAGCUUCAAUAUAACAACGAGCAUAUAACAACGAGCAGAGCAAAAACAAAAGAGAGAGUUUUGAGUUUUAGAACGAGUUCUAAAACUUGGAUAGUUAAAAUAGUGAAGAUAAUUUUAGGGUAUUUUUGGGAAAAGCGCCACUAUUUUGUAUUACUCUCUUUGUAAGCCUACUAUUUUUAAUAGUGGAAAAAAUAUUCGGUUUUUAUCCCGUGGACGUAACCCUAAAAAGUUAAAGGGUGAAUCACGUAAAUAUCUCUGCGUCAUAUUUAUAUUUUUCCGCUGUGUUAUUAUAUUCUCGUAAUUUUAUUGCCGGGUCUAACAUUUUAUGCUUCAAAUCCUCUAUUUCUCUAGUUUUUAUGCGGCUUUGCUUCUGCAAAUUGACACCUUUCUGUCUAAGCCUUGGCAAGCACAGAUACGCCAUUGCUUUCGAAAGGCUAACAGGGUGUUGCUGAUAUUCUUGCGAACACUGCGACUUUUGCUACUGAGCAUCUGCAGGUUUUCCGUUCUCAUAAGGUAGAGGUUCAGGCGGCUCUUCGUGAGGAUGUUCAAGGGAUUAGCCUGCCGCGUUUGGUUAAUGUUAGUUAAUUUCUGUGUUUCUUGGGUGUGAGCCCCCUUAGUAUCCAAAAAAAACAAAAAAAAGACUAACAAUUUUUUUAACUGAAAAGACUAAUACUUUAACUCAAUCAAUAUCCUUAAUUUAUUU